AGUGUUAAGUGACCAGUAUUAUCACAAGGAUUAAAAUGAGGGCAUGAUCAAUAUAAUGGGUCUUCAAAGAAAGAUUUGAGGAAGGUGGCAGGAUUUGAGUUGAGCCUUAAAGGAAGGGUAAGACUUCGACAAGGGAGGAGAAGGCAUAAUGUGGCGAGGGAAGAAAGGUGUGCAGGGCAAGAAAGCCCACAAAAAACAGCAUGGACCUGAAGCUGUCCCUUCUUCACAAGUCCAUCUGCCCAGCUGUAAUUCAGGGACUCAUCGUUUGCAAUAUUUCUCCUUAUGGUACUUACUGUUUGUCCUCUAAACCCAUUCUUGGUCCUUCUUUACCCUUCCCUGGAAUCUGGACAGCGGACCUCCACAGCCUAUAGCACCUAAGUCUUCUGCAUUUCUUAUGGUUGGCCAGUGCUCUGGCUGGAAGUGGGAGGAUGGGAGGAGAAAGAGGCCAGGGUAUUUCUUAAUUAUUCUUUCCCUGCUUCGGUGGGAUCCUGACAAUCACCUCUGACCAAGCUCCUGCAGGCAGCCCUUCACUUCUUUAGCUCCAGUACAACUUUCAGCCUACAGAAAGUCAUGGUUCCUUUAAAUCUGGCCACACCUUGGGACUCCCUUGUGGUCUAGUGGUUAAGACUCUGUGUUUCCACUGCAGGGGGUGUGCAUUUGAUCCCUGGUCAGGGAACUAAGAUCCCCUCAUACCAUGUGGUAUGGCCAAAAGAUAAAUACAUACGUGUGUGUGUGGGCUUAGUCGCUCAGUCAUGUCUGACUCUUUGUGACCCCAUGGACUGUGGUCCACCAGGCUCCUCUGUCCAUGGAAUUUUCCAUGCAAGAAUAGUGGAGUGGGUUGCCAUUCUCUUCUCCAGGGGAUGUAUGUAUACACACACAUAUAUCUUUGGCAUAUAUACAUAUAUAUCUUCAGAAAUAUUUAAAACUCCUGGAUUAUUAGAAUUCCUUAUCUUUUCCAGUCCUGUUGGAGUUGGGGAACUAGGAAACAACUCGUCAGACGGUUAUGAGAGGAGGUGAGUUUACUUUGGUUUUUAUCAUAGUGGUUUAAGUAUACUCUGUUGCCAGACUGCCAAGCUGCAACUCCCAGCUCUGCCACUUACCAACUGUGUGACCGGAGGCAGGUGGCUUAAUUUUCUGUGCCUCACUCUUCCUAUCUCCAGAAUGGGAAUGACAGGGCUGCUGUAAGUUAUUAAAUGAGGAUGUGUGGGAAGUGCUUAAAAUGAUGCCUGGCAACAGAGUAAAUGCCAUAAAGAGCUUGCUAUUUUUAUAUUCAAUCAACAAAUAUUUCUUGCGCACCUAUUGUAUGUCAAGCACUAAGACUGCAAUGAUGGACUAAAGUAACCAAAAAAAAAAAAAUCUGUGCUGUCAGAGAUUUAACCGAGUGGGAGCAGACUAUGAUAACAGAACACACACACACACACACACAACGCCAUGCCCUCUUCCUGGGGAUCUUCCCGACCCAGGGAUUGAACACACGUCUCCAGCCGCUCCUCCCCCGCCCCCCACAUAUAUGUCCAGGGAAUAACUGUUAUGAAGAAGAUAAGGUGCAAGUUGCUGGGGGUGGUUCAAUUAUACACAAGCUGGUCAGGGACAGCCUUUUUGCUAAGGUGACUGGGGGGGAAUGAGACUUGAAGGCACUGAAAAAGAAAGCCACGUGUUGAAAUGGGCAAAAAGUCUUCCAGGCAAAAGGAACAGCAUGUCCACAGUCCAGGAAGCAGGAUGAUGGUAUACCAGGUGGCUGCAGCAGAGUGAGCCAGGGGCAGGGUUUUAGGACAAAAGGUUGGAGACGAAAUCAGGGGCAGUCAUGUUGGAACUCACAGGGAAUGACCAGGAUUUAGGAUUUUUAAAAAUAUAUAUUUAUUAUUUAUUCAGCUGUGCCAGUUCUUAGUUGCAGCCCUGGGGAUCUUGCCGCAUCCGACCACCAAGGAAGUCCCAGGAUCUGGGGUUUUAUCCUGACUGAUAUGGAAGGCCACUGUAGGAGUCUGACUUAUUAAAAGGCUCACACUCACUGCUGGGAAGAAGGAUGGAAGCAGAGUUAGCAGGUAGGCACUACAAUGAUAGAAGGAGAGAUGAUGGUGGCUUGGAUUAGGGUAUGGUAGUGGAGGUGGUGAGCAACUGUUCAUGUUUUAGACAUGUAUUAAGAGUAGACCCAACAGGAUCAUUGAUGAAUUACAUGUGAUAUGUAAGAAUAACUGCGAGGCUUCGAGAAAACUGGAAGAACGGACCUGCCAUUUACUUGGAUGGGGAAGAUGGUGGAAAUCUGAAGCUUGGUCUUAGACAGACUAGGUAAUGAAAUGCCUAUCAAGCCACCCAGUAAGUAGAGACGUUCAGCAGGCAGCUAGAUGAACAACUACGGCGUUUAUAAGAGAUCUGGCUGAAGAUGUAAUUUAGGGAGUAUUGAGCAUUUCUCCAAAAGCGCGUUUGUUUAGUCAGUCGGGGAGUGAGUUAAUUCGGGAACAGGCCUCAUUGAGUUUGGAGGUCUGGGUCUCAGGUCUGGUGGACAGCUACCGGAGUGAUGUCACAAAUAAGUGAUUUGUCCAGUUAUUUUCGCAGACGAGGUUUCAGUCCCAGAAACACCUUGAACAGGAUUUUCUGACUCAAGGUUUUAGUGAAUAUCACCGUAAGAACGCAGAAUGACACGAGCUUCCUUUCUUUUUCCCUUGCAGUUUUUUUUCUUUUUAUUGACUAUUAUAUUUUUUAAAGGACUUGACUGUUCAAGUCCUAACUUACUCAGAAAGUUUCCCCUGGCCCCUACCCUAACGCAAACCAUGUUCAGGACGUGUGUGCUGGGUGUGUGUUUCGGUGGGGGGGCGGGGGGCGCGGUGGAGAAGAGACGAGGGUGGGCGGGGCCAGGAAACGCGACGCUAGUUCUAACCAAUGAGCUGUGAGAAGUUAGUGGGGAGGCGGGGCCACCAGGUCGCCGAGUUACCGAGCGGUGGACGGGGCCGCCGCAGAGUAGGAACUCCCAGUCCGCAGGCGCCACCGGUGGACAGAAGACUCACCUCGAGCCAUGGGCCCACUCAGUGCUGUAAUCCCGCGUUUCCUGGCUGCACAAACGGCUCGAUUCGUAUUCGGAGACACCCUCAAGGAUCCCAGGGCCAGCAAACCGGAAGCCGACAAACAGCCUUGGUCCGGCCGCCUGAGGAGAGUGAGACCCCGCCCUCCCGGACGGACGCGUGCGCGUUCUCAAGCCCGCGCGCCCCGGAAGUCGGAGCUGAGAAAACCGAGAUCCCUGGGCCCGGCUGCGUUUCUGUCAGCCGGAUAGUUUUUGUUCUUCCCUAUUCGCGUUUCCCAGCUGCUGGCACUGUCAGUGAGAAGCAGGGCCGGCAAGUUACCUGGGUCAGGAUAUCGUCCAUUGAAGUAACGCUCCUCAAAUCCGAACUUGGGGCGGAGUCCUUCGGGGAUCUUGGUAUAACGCAGAUGAGAUUCGGAAGUUGUAUCCACUCAGUGACUAUACCUCAGUUCUUCCAUUCCUCUUUCGAUGGAGACAUGGGCCGUUUGCAGUUUUUUGGCUAUUAUGAGUAAGGCUGCUGUGAAUAGUCAAGUACCAGCAUUUCUCAUGACUGAAUUU